AUUUCAGGUGCCGCCACCGAGAGUCGUCAUGGACCGCACCAGUGGCCAUCUACGGAGCCAACCGCCGUCGUCGUCGCCAAAGCGCAUUCGAAUUCAGGUCCCAAUGUCACCACCAGCAAGAAGCGCCGUCUCGCCCGUCUCGUUCCCCGCAGGACGACCAGCAUCAUUGUCCAUGCCUGUGAGCCCGUCCGCGAUGGACCGUGAGGCCCAUGCGGUGAGGUCGUGCCCGACGUGUCGUGAAGCGUUUUCCAUCUUCAGAAGGCGGUACCGGUGCUCGUACUGCUUGGACGUCGUGUGCAGGAAAUGCUCCAAAUCGCUCAAGGCUGUGCAAAGUGACACUAUCCCCCACGCUCCAUCACCAAUAUCUACGUCGCCCACAUCCAACAACUCGGCGGGAGGCCAUGCGUUCGACGAUAGCACAUCGUCGCAGUCGUCAUGGUCGUCGACGUCGUCCGUCGUGUCCACGGCAAGCACGUUCUCGUCGCCGUCGACGCAUCGCCGUAUCAAGGCACGGUGCUGCAAGACCUGCGCGACGUUCUCGCCGACGUUGAAAGCGCCAAGUCGAUGCGAGUUUUGCCGGUCCACGGCUGGCCUCUUUCGCAAGAAACUCAAAUGCCAAGUCUGCCAGAAAUUCGCAUGCAAGGCGUGCGGACACCUCCAAGACGGAGCUCCAUUUGGCAUUCGGAGCGAAGCUAAAGUGUGGGUGUGCACCGUCUGCGACACCGCGCACGACCGUCAAACCGCCAAAGCCCACCAAUCGUGCCACGUGUGCAAGGAACAAUUCGCGGAAUUCAAACGCCGGUGUCGGUGCAAGACUUGUGGGGCCACAACAUGCGUUCAAUGCUCUGUGUCGGUAGCGGCUACGACGCCUGGGCAUCCACUAGACACGAGGGAGUGUCGAACGUGCGUCGUCGAGGCGGCCAAAGCCAUGCAGAAUGAAACCCUCGGGAAUACCGACGAGAGUACCCAUCGCACCAGCAGCUUGCACCUCACGCCUGCGCUUGAGUUUGCCAAGGACGUCGACACGUCCUCGUUUGGUUCUCGCAUGCGGACGGUCGAGCGGUCAUGUGCCGCCGCUCUUAUCGGUGUCGGUGUGACUGUCGUGAUCGUUGUCGCCCUUCUCGUGUACUUCUACAUUGUCUCGGUGAUUGUGGAGGACUCGUGGGUUGCGUCCUGGUACUCGCGGCACGUUGAUGAGCUUUGAGCUGUAAAAAAACUCCGGAUAAUUUCAUUGACAUUUCCGGAUAA